AUGCGUCUCCCAUACGUCCCCGACCCCCCACCAACCACCGACCCCGAGGAAGCCUCUAUCCUAGCCCGGGUACAAGCCCGACGCGCCCCCGGCCCUCUCCUCCCGCUAGACCGGGCCCUCCUGCACUCCUACCCGGUAGCCGACGGGUGGAACUCAUUCAUCGGGGCGAUCCGCACACGGACUAGCCUGUCGACCAUCAUCCGGGAACUGAUCAUCUGCCGGGUGGCGGUGGUGAACGGGGCGCUGUUCGAGUGGGAGCAGCACGCGCCGCUGCUGCAGCAGGGCGGACUGAGCGAGGCGGCGUUGCAGGCGAUCCGGGACGAGGGGGCGGAUUUUUCACGCUCGGUGCGCGAGGGCGUGCUGGGGGCGGCGGAGGGGGCGGUGUUGAAGUAUACGGAUGCGAUGACGAGAACGGUGAGGGUGCCGGAGGAGGUGUUUGGGGAAGUGAGAGGGUUCUUUAACGAGAGGGAGGUGGUGGAGAUUACGACGACGGCGGCGGCUUAUAAUUGUGUGAGUCGGUUUUUGGUGGCGUUGGAUGUGGGGGAGAAGAAUGAUGAGCAUUAG